UGUCAACGCCUUGAGUGGAUGUGCGAACCUGUGAGGCGGAAUCGAUGUGAUUUGAGGCGUAGCUAGUCGGACCACCUUCCCGGGCGAGCAGCCUUCACUUCCACAGAAACAGCGUCACUCUUCUCGCCCUCGCACGGCCGGUGUUUUGACCUCAAAAUGGCUCGUAUCGGCACGUAGCUGGCGUCUUUCUUAGUCGCUCAUGUCGCGUCACUGAAACCCGGCCGACUCGUGACUGAUCGCCGCAGGAGUUUUGCAGGAGGAGCCACGGCUUCUAGCACUCCACCGUGGGGCUCAUCCGAGGGAGGACGCGCAUCUGUCCGGCCGCAGAACAUCUUCCUGCCUUCCAGACACAUGACCGAGGUCCGUCUCCUGAAGACGGGGUGAGACGGACGGACCGGGACGGGAGGGAGGGGAUCCCCGAUAUCGAGUGCGCCGAGACGGAGGCAGCGCUGAAAUGAGAUGAGGCUCAGAAAUGGAACUGUGGUCACCGGGAUUUUCAUCUUCACCACGCUCCUCAGCUUGUCCUGGUACUCGUCGUGGCAGAAUGACAAAGAAAAGCUGAUAGCGUAUCAGAGGGAGUUCCACGCCUUGAAAGAACGCCUUCGUGUGGCGGAGCACAGGACGUUGCAACGCUCCUCUGAGCUCAACAACAUUCUCGAGCAGUUCAGGCGAGCCAUUGCUGAAACCAACAGCAGCAAGGAUGCACUCACAAACUUCUCUGGUGAGUUGAGCUCACUACGUUCAAAUGGCCACCGACCCACAACAAACGAGACACAGAAACUACUCAAGGAACUUGCAAACAGAAAACCUCUUCAGGUGCCAAACAUCUACCACCACCUCCCCCACCUCCUCAACAAUGAAGGAAGCCUGCAGCCGGCCGUGCAAGUGGGACUUGGCCGCACAGGAGUUACCAUGGUGAUGGGGAUCCCAACAGUGAAGCGGAAGGUGAAGUCUUAUCUGGCGGAGACGUUGCGUUCGCUUAUAGACAAGCUGUCACCAGAGGAGAAGCUCGACUGUGUCAUCAUCGUUUACGUCGGCGAGACUGACCUGGAAUAUGUGCAGAGUGUGGUGGCCGACCUGGAGAAGGACUUUUCCACAGAACUGAGUUCAGGUUUGCUGGAAGUCAUCUCCCCCCCUGCUACCUUCUACCCCGACCUCACCAACCUCAAGGAGACGUUCGGCGACUCCAAAGAGAGAGUCAAAUGGAGAACGAAGCAGAACCUGGACUACUCCUUCCUCAUGAUGUAUGCCAUCAGCAAAGGCGUUUACUACGUUCAGUUGGAAGACGACAUUGUUGCGAAGCCAAACUACUUUGCCACAAUGAAGAACUUUGCUCUUCAGCUCUCGUCCGAGGACUGGAUGAUCCUGGAGUUCUCUCAGCUGGGCUUCAUUGGAAAGAUGUUCCAGGCUCCGGACCUCAACCUCAUCGUUGAGUUCAUCUUCAUGUUCUACAAGGAGAAGCCCAUCGACUGGCUGCUGGACCACAUCCUCUGGGUCAAAGUCUGCAAUCCUGAGAAAGACGCAAAACACUGUGACCGGCAGAAGUCCAGUCUCCGCGUGCGCUUCAAGCCCUCCUUAUUCCAACAUGUGGGCCUCCAUUCAUCUCUGGCUGGAAAGAUUCAAAAGCUCACAGACAAAGACUUUUUGAAGCCGCUGCUGCACAAGAUGCACGUCAACCCCCCAGCAGAGGUUUCCACUUCCAUGAAGGUGUAUCAGGGCCACACGCUGGAGAAGACCUACCUAGGAGAGGACUUCUUCUGGGCCAUCACUCCCAAGGCAGGAGACUACGUCCUCUUUAAAUUCGACCGAGCCGUCAGCAUCGAGAGGUUCCUGUUUCGCAGUGGGAACCAGGAGCACCCAGGAGACAAGCUCGCCAACGCCACGGUGGAGAUACUUCCCUCCUCGGAGUCGGGAUUGCAGACCAAAGAGCAGUACAAGCGAACUGAAGACCGCUUCUACAGGAUCGGCCACUUUGAAAAAGGGGUGGCAGAGGGAGCCGUGGAUCCGUCCUUCAAUCCCGUCCUGGCGCUCCGAGUCUCCGUCCUGAAAGACUCCGGAGUGUGGGCCAUCCUGAGCGAGAUCCACAUAAAGAAAGUCGCCGGCUGACUGUGGGGCAGGGCAAGAGAAUCCAGACCUCUGAGAGACUCCCAUAACACCAGAGCAGGCACAUAGCAACCAGCAGAUGCUGGUCUGAGGAACCCUCCCCUCACUCCCCUCCGUAUCUUCGGCUUCUCAUCUAUCUACCUGCCUCUCCGUCUCCCUCACUCUCGUGCUCUUAAUUCUAUCGUGAGAAUGUGAAUACUACUGUCUGAAGAGCGGCAGCUUUCCCACUCAAUUCUGGAGGACAACCCGGAGGAGCGCCGGUCACCUGACCGACGGUCGAGGAGCUGCCAAAUCCCUCUUAUUUGCACUGUCACCGGCGCCGCAGCGCAGCCAAGAAUGUCCGGUGGCCAGUGGCUGUCUGCUCUGGAUGCGCUGACACCAGCCCAAAACACUCGGCGGUUGAAGUGUCGCAACCCACUCAGAGAAAUGCUGGUCCUGGAACACGGGCCGCUCGGCGACCGCGACACAUCCGCUGUGCUCAUCAUAUCCGUCUCGCGUGGCCCGAGCCCCGUGAUCGAAGAACCAAUCGGACAUUGCCUUGGUGUUUUCUCGAAGGAAUAUAUUGUUAUACUGAUAUAUUAUUAUUACAGCUCUGACGAUCGAUGAAGGUGACUUAAUUUAUUUGAAAUAAAUCUUUAAUUUGUACAAGACGUAAAAUAUAUUUUUAUUCUAUUGAGGGAUGUUUAUGGUUUUAUUUGUGUUGGUUUGCUCUCGCGGUUGUAUAUAUAUUGUUCCGAAUGGGGAGUCGACUUCGGCUUCAGUCCCAGACGCUCGUAUCGGAGAAGUGUGCCUUAAAUCCAGCUCGCUCUGUCGCUGACAGAAGGCGUCUGUUCCUGCACACGUUUGCCAACGUUUUUACUGGAUUCACAUCCUUCUUUUAGGCUAAACACGGCUGUUUAUUCGCUCUCACCUGAACCUGUUUGCUUUGCACUGCUUCUUUUUUUUUUUUUUCUUGUACAUCCCACCAGUCGCCACCUUCCAACCAUCUCCACCACAGAAUUCAAUCGAAAGCUGUCCGUGAUCGGACAGGACUUUUGUGACUACUGACCGUUGAAGCAAGCGCCUUGUCACGUGUCUGACCUCCAGUCACGGCUAGAGAUGUGUAGUUGAUUGUAAAUACACGAGUCGCUCUUCCAGCUUGUGUUGUAGUUCAUCGACGUGCUGUUUUAGUGGGAGGUUGCUGUUGUUUUUAAACGCUCACACAAGGCGGAAGUGAAGUGCCUUUUUGUUGGCAGUGACGAGACUGAGACUGAGCAUGUUCAUACACGGUCACGUGUGGUGUCGUUUCUCAGCCCUGUUAUCGCAGGCCCGUCCGCCGCCAAGCUACUGUAAAGCUCUCUUCAUCCUGGAUCCAGUCCAGCAGCCAUUUGCUCACCAAUAUUCAUUCACUGACAGGCGAAAUGAAUAUCCAGUCUCACACGUCCAUGUGCCUUCAUUCAUGUGUAUCUGCUGACAAGUGACAUCAUUUUCAUGGACAUCUCUGGUAAAUAAAUGAGGACACUUGCU